AUGCCUAGAUAUGUUUUGACUGGCGUCGGUGGAAGCCUUGGCAGCAUUGCAGCAUCCUAUGCAUUGGAAAUUGCUCCACCAGGUAGCACUCUGGUAUUUAGUACUUCCGACCCUGAUAAAAUUUCAAGCGAAACUCGCCGUUUCUGGUUAGAAAAGGAAGCAACUAUAUCUGCAGCCAGUUACGAUGAUGUGAGCAGUCUCCAGAGAGUGUUUGUUGGUGCUGAAGCUGUGACAUUGAUAUCGACGUGGGCAUUUGGUCGCCGUCAUCAACAAGCACAAAAUGUCAUUGACGCUGCCAAAUUCUGCGGUGUGCGUCGAAUCUGCUACACUUCCUUUGUGGGUGCCGAUGACCCAGCACCAAUUGACGAAAUGCCUUUCUUGCCUCGAGACCACAAACUAGUUGAGGCUCUUAUCCGUGCCUCUGGGCUGGAAUACAAUAUCCAGCGCGACUUUCUUUACAUAGACAACAUUCCCAACCUCUUCGCUCCAUCGUGGAAAUUCUGCGGAAACCGCUGGUUAUCUAACUCUGGCGGAGUGCCUGGUGCCUACGUCGCGCGCGAAGAUUGUGGUAGAGUAUUAUCUGCUCUCCUUUUGGGCCGUGGAAAACCAAACACUGUCUACAAUGUGACGGGUCCCGAGACUGUGACAGAUGAACAGAUGUUCCAGUGGAUCUGCAGCAAUGUUAAAGAUCAAGGACAAAUUGUCACCGUCUCAGAUCAGGAAUUGAAGGAUUAUUGGCUGCAACGCGGACUGCCCACCACAGUUUUGGGUGACUUUUCUCAGAUCCCAAUGAAGCUCUGUAUUGAGGAUCUUCUAUGCUGUGGUGAAAUGGUAGCCAGAGGCUACAUGGCCAAGACCAGUGACACUGUCGAAACCCUCACCGGACGUAAGCCUCUGUCGUUCCAAGAUGUUUUGGUAAAAUAUAAAGAUGUCUUCGACGGUGGAACAUCCUAUCUGUGA